GUGGAGCAAGAUGGCGGCUCACCUGUCAUACGGGCGAGUGAACCUGAACGUGCUGCGCGAGGCGGUGCGUCGGGAGCUGCGCGAGUUUCUGGACAAGUGCGCUGGGAGCAAGGCAAUAGUGUGGGAUGAAUACUUAACAGGACCGUUUGGACUGAUUGCACAGUACUCACUACUAAAGGAACAUGAAGUGGAAAAAAUGUUCACCCUCAAAGGAAGUCGUUUGCCAGCGGCUGAUGUCAAGAAUAUCAUUUUUUUGGUCAGACCCAGGCUAGAAUUAAUGGAUAUGAUUGCCGAGAACGUACUCAGUGAGGACAGGCGUGGCCCUACCAGGGAUUUCCAUAUUUUGUUUGUGCCUCGUCGGAGCCUACUGUGUGAGCAAAGGCUGAAGGACCUGGGUGUGUUGGGAUCCUUUAUUUAUCGAGAGGAGUACAGUUUAGAUCUCAUUCCAUUUGAUGGGGACCUCUUAUCCAUGGAGUCAGAGAGCGCUUUCAAAGAAUGCUACCUGGAAGGCGACCAGACAAGCCUGUACCACGCAGCCAAGGGGCUGAUGACCCUGCAGGCGCUGUAUGGAACUAUCCCCCAGAUCUUUGGGAAAGGAGAGUGUGCUCGGCAAGUGGCCAAUAUGAUGGUCAGGAUGAAGAGGGAGUUUACAGGCAGCCAAAACUCAGUGUUCCCUGUGUUUGAUAACCUCUUGCUGCUUGAUCGCAACGUGGAUCUGCUGACGCCGCUCGCCUCCCAGCUCACGUAUGAAGGACUUAUCGACGAGAUUUACGGCAUUCAGAACAGUUAUGUGAAGUUACCUCCAGAGAAAUUUGCACCCAAGAAGCAGGGCGGUGGUGGCGGGAAGGACCUUCCCACAGAGGCAAAGAAGCUUCAGCUCAACUCCGCAGAGGAACUCUAUGCUGAGAUCCGAGACAAGAACUUCAACGCUGUGGGCUCUGUGCUCAGCAAGAAGGCGAAGAUCAUCUCCGCGGCCUUUGAGGAGCGACACAAUGCUAAGACGGUUGGAGAGAUCAAGCAAUUCGUCUCCCAGCUUCCCCACAUGCAGGCGGCCAGGGGGUCGCUCGCCAACCACACCUCAAUUGCAGAGUUAAUCAAAGACGUCACCACUUCUGAAGACUUCUUUGAUAAGUUGACGGUGGAGCAGGAGUUCAUGUCCGGGAUAGACACCGAUAAGGUCAACAAUUACAUCGAGGACUGCAUUGCCCAAAAGCACCCGCUCAUCAAGGUCCUGAGGUUGGUUUGCCUCCAGUCUGUGUGCAACAGUGGGCUCAAGCAGAAGGUUCUGGACUACUACAAAAGGGAAAUUCUCCAGACCUACGGCUAUGAGCACAUACUGACCCUGAACAACCUGGAGAAGGCCGGCCUGCUAAAGGCUCAGACAGGGGGCAGAAACAACUACCCAACGAUUCGGAAAACGUUACGCCUCUGGAUGGACGAUGUCAAUGAACAAAACCCUACAGACAUAUCCUACGUGUACAGUGGUUACGCACCACUCAGCGUGCGGCUCGCCCAGCUCCUUUCUCGGCCAGGUUGGAGGAGCAUCGAGGAGGUUCUCCGCAUUCUCCCAGGGCCCCACUUUGAAGAAAGGCAGCCACUGCCCACCGGGUUGCAGAAGAAACGCCAGCCAGGAGAAAACAGAGUCACACUGGUGUUUUUCCUCGGGGGCGUCACCUUUGCUGAAAUCGCAGCCCUGCGCUUUCUCUCCCAGCUGGAAGACGGAGGCACGGAGUACGUAAUUGCGACCACUAAACUGAUAAAUGGAAGCAGCUGGCUAGAAGCUCUCAUGGAAAAGCCUUUCUAGGCUGUCAGAGGGGACAGUGAGCUGCCCCUGAGAACGUGUUGCCCAAAGGACAUAAAGCCAGGAGCAUGGAAGCAACAGGAUCGUGUUCCUUCCUGCUCCUCUCUGUGAUCCUAAACCCUGAAGAAGGGAGGGUCGGCCUGGGUAAGGACACAAUGAGCUGGGCGUGGCGGCUCAUGCCUAGAACCCCUCCACUUAAGAGACACAGGCAGGAGGAUCGCUGCAAGCUUGGGACAGCUGGGGCUACAUAGUGAGUUCCAGGCAAAAGCCCUCCCUUCCAGAAAUAAAGGAGAUCCUGUUUCGGAAUUUUUAAGCUUAAAGUCUUCAUUUUCUGGAAUAGACUGUGGGGAUGACAGCCCCAGCAGCCACACAACUGUGCACGGGCAUUAAAAAGGAGAGCUAAGGGGAUAAAUAAGAAAAUAGAAGCGGAAUUCUGACCACUGACUCACGGUGGCAUUUUCUAGACCACCUAUGCCCAGGAGAGUAGUUUUGUGUUGAAUACGAAGCUAGCAUCAUCCAUCGCGUGCUUCUCCCUGCAGAGCACAUUUGUGUCUCCAGUCUCGGCUGAUGUGAUUCCUCAGGCAAGCUUUGUUUCCUUCUGAGAAUCUGAGAAGCUUGAAGGAGCUUCUUGACAUGAUGACGUUUCUGCUGUCUGCGUUGACUGCAUCUGUGCAGUUCUCUGAUAAAGAGUGAGCUAAGCGCCAGGCAGCUUCUGCCAGCUAACCUUCGGAGGCACUUCUGGGUGUGCACGUUGUUAACUCAAGACUCUGUGGUGUAGGCGCCCCUGACGGGACUUCUGUCUUCCUCCGUGUCCUCCAUGGGUGAUUCUUCUGCUCCUUCAGAUUCAUGCAGCUGUCUCAGUGGAAACGGCCACAUGCACCUCUCUAGCCCUCUGACUACUCAUCUUCACACUCCCCUUUACCUGGUCAGUCUGGUGACCGAGUGCACUGUGGUCAGUGUCAGUCACACAGUGACAGUGCCUGUGCUGCAGGGAGCAGGAGCAGACAUGUUGCUGCCAGUGUCUGCCUCCUGAUCAUUUCCACAUCUGAAGGAGUUAAGAGCGCCAAGUGGCGGACCAAGUUGAUGGUUUUUCUGUCAUCACCCAAGUCUCCAGAAAAGCUAGCCUGACUCAGCCGGUCUGGUCCUGGCCCAGGUGCAGUUUCUGUGGUUAAUAGUUUUCCUCUCGCUUUUUUCAUGUAGCAUCAGGAACAAUACACUGCACAUUAUAAGUGACUGGAAUUGUGUUUUUAAAAGAAAGAAGCCUAGAAUGAAGGAUGACAAAGAUGAUGUUUGUUUCUCCUGGAGUUAAUUCAGCCUUGAUAGUCAGUGUUUGGGGCGACAGGUGGGUGUGGUGGGCAUUCCCAGAUGGGAAAACAUUCUUGGCUUAGAAAACUCUCUUUUCAGACUCUUGUUAUUCCAGGGAGAGUAGUUUUACCUUUGAGCCCCAGCUGCCAGGAACUGCAAUCUGCCUUGUCCUCAGUGAUUUACUCUCUUGGGAGUCAGAGCAAGUCUGUCCAAGUCUCCUUGGCUUGGGUGUUUGUCCAGUGAACAGAUACUCAGUUGUAAUCUCAUGUGUCUGCAUUUGUUUCUGAGUCUAUAUUUGCUUUCUCAGAGCAUAGCAAGGUCAGCUCCUAAAAAUGUACCCAGCAGAAGACCUUUUGGAAAACCACACACUUGCUUCCUCUGUAUUCCAAUAUAAAGUGGUGGUGUCGUACAUUAUGCCCUGUGAUGUAAGUCCCCUUAGUACUCAAAGCUGCCUUUGUCUCUUAAGAGUAUGCUCUGAGAAAGGCUGUGGGAACGGAAGGCUUAUUCUUAGACAGGGUGGAUUGUUUACACCAUGUCUGGACUUGUUCUGAGUUUGAGGACUAUUCUGCUACACUGGCUGUCCCAAUUAAAGAUCCGAUUUUCUGUCUCAAUUUA